AUGUCCUCGAUCGCUUCCGCAUCCGAACUGGGCGGAUUGGAGCUCGUAUGGACCAACCCGUCGCCGACGGGCCCAACCAGAACCAGCCGCACCGACCCGCAAGACUUCAUCGUCUUCCGCCUUGAUCCUGGCACCGUUCGUACGGUCUGCCGCUCCGGCCUCGAGCAGGCCGCGGCUCCCAUCAACAACCUCGACACGGACAUAUCCUUCCCUGGUGCCAAGGUCGUGUCCCGCGAACAUGCCUCUCUUGAAUGGAGGGACGGCUCGCUUAUCCUCCAGGAUCGCGGCUCAAUUCAUGGCACUUAUGUCGCUCGGUUCAACAGUACUUUCACCGGCAAUGUCGAUUUGUCACACAUCGACGACGCCCUUUAUCUUCCCAAGACUCGUGUGAACGGCGUUCUGCCUCUGCACUUCGGCGAUUUGAUUGAAUUUGGCAGGGCUUGUAGCCGUUCCGAGACAACCUACUUCCCUGUCAGAUGUUAUGUCCGACCAGCUCUCGGCAACUUCGAGCCAAUCGGCUCGACCGCAUUCAAACCGGGCUCCUUCAGCUUCGCGCACACCAUCGACCUUACGAGCGAGGACGAGGUUAGCGACGGAGACGAUGUGCAGGAGCUGGACACCGUCGCAAACUCCACCUUCGAAACUCCAUCUCUCGAGGACGUCGAAGAUUACAUCUCGGAAAGCGAUUCGGACGAAAGCACCGAUCCUUUCGAUGUCCCAUCCGUGCACUGGGUCCACGAAGUUAUCGAGGCUGCCUCUGAGCUCGAUUCGCUCGAACGGGAGAAACUCGAGGCCAAAACGCUUGGUGAGGACUACAUGUCCUCCUACAAGGCGACUCAGGAAUGUCACUCCCCUGCAACAUCUGUGGAAGCCGCUUCUCCUAUUCCGACUAUUUCCGACAACACAUCCGAUGUUGAGAAGCUGGAGCGUGCGGAAGCGGAAGAAUCUCAAAUCCGCUCUUCGCUCAAGCGCAAGCUGGACGAGGAUGAAGCUGCGGACUCCAAUGCUGGACGGGGCACUACCUUCUCCGCAGCGUCGAGCCCUCUCGAAUCCGCCGUCGUCCCGUCUCCCGAGCUGUCCGAACAGACCCCCGACUCUAGCCCCCCCGCUACAGCAACUGAAUCGAGCUCGUCGCUGCCCUCGCCCGUCAAAAAGCGCCGUUCCCAGCUGUACCUCCGCAAACGAGGAAAUGCUGCAGUUAGACCCUCGAUAUGUCGAGCACGCCAAGUCAAGACCAUCAUGGCCAAGGCCAUUUGCACCACUCGAUACUGCAGAGGCCUGCAGACGCACACACAUAUCGGCUCGAGCGAGAACGGAACUCAUGAUGAGGAUGUGAAUCGAGUGAUGACUGGGACAGCGGUCCUAUCCUUUCGUCUCUACAAGCUCGCCAGGCUCGAGCUCAUUCCGAUGGCCCGCAUCGAGACGAGCUGA